AUGCCUUGGCAAGCCAGUGGGGCUGUGACCAGCUUACCUGAGAGAAAGGGGCUAAACAAAAGGACACUAAAGAGUGGGCACAGGCAGCUUGAAACCCUGAGAGAAGAACCAUCACUAGAAGAAAAGCCAGACUUUCAUCAGCACUUGUACAGAUGUUUUGGUAAAACUACUGCUGAAUACUUUCUGAAGCCCCAGCCAAAGGCUGUAACAAGAAACCCCUGGAUCAAGAGAGUCCUAGAAGAUCUUGGUGAAAAUGUGAGUGCUGAAGAACUGUGGAGAAUCUUGAGAGAGAAGUCCAAACUCCAACUUAUGAGCUUAUAUCCACAGGGUGGCGAUACUGUCGGGAUAAGAAAGCCUGCUUCAGAAGCAGUGAAAUCAUCCUAUAAUGGUCCCACCAUGAGGCACAAACAGCAUUUCAAAAAAGUCAGCAUGAUGUAUAUAGCAUCCCAGAUGAACCAGGACCAGACCAGCCUCCUCCUCCUCUCCAAGAAACAUUUUCCAAAUCUAAAUAAUCAGCACAUCCAAGGAGCAACACGACAACACCAGCUGCAGAGAGCACAACUGGAAAGAGACCAUACGACUCAAGGAAUAGAUCAUGAAUUAGAAGGCAAUGGACAAAUGAAGUCAUCUAUCACUUCUGCCUCUAAUGAUGCUGGAUUCAGAGACUUAUCAAACUCUAAUAAUAUCAGAUUACUCAGUGAACGAAAGAAGCAAGAAUACCGGAGAGCAAUCAGCAAACAAGUUUACAUGAUCCCAUCAUCAAUUCCUCAGUAUCAUCAGCAGAGAGAAUGUUAUUUCCCAGUCAUUAAUAAGCAGCCAUAUAAAAGCUAAUAGCCAACAGCUAUUAGUUUUUUGUAAUUAUUAAAAAGAAUUAUAUAUAUAAAUAUUAUGAAUUUCACCAUAAGUAAAAACAUAAGCAAUCAGAACCAAGCGAUUCUAGUUGUUUUCUUCACUUCAUGUCUUUUAUGGGAUUGUAACAUCUGAACAGCGCCCCUUACUCUUUUUAUAUACUGCCUAUUACAAUAGCCUUCCUUCUAAAGCAAUUAACUUUCCAUACCCCCGUAUUUACUUGUUCAGUUCAACUUACCGUCAUUUUGCCCAGUAACAAAGAAGGUUGCCAGUGCUGUAUGCUUGAAGCCUUUGUCAGUUUUGUUCUCUAAUUAAGCUCUACAUAACAUAGCAUGGCAUUCUCAAAUCUGCCUAAUCCAAGAGUUUUCAGUUUGGUUUUCUUUCUGAAAUGUUAAAUGGAAUAAAACAAGAAUGGGAAAAGUAGAAAAUGUCUCUUUUUAAUUAAAAAUAAAAACUUGAACUCAGUUGACUUAGAAAUGAACUUUUAAAAUGUAAGAGUAAAGAAUUAGAGAAGAAAGAGUGUCUGCUGCUUUGAGGUACAGCACAUUUGAUCAAAUCAUACUGCAUGUUUUUCCUACGCACAGCUUUAUUUGUCUCUCCUUCCUGUUUUCAUCCUCUGCCAUAAACGUUCACCUCCUCCUUGUCACUCCUGUUGUAUUGAUUUAUUUGUCCCACUCACUUCUCGCACCCAUCUGUGACAGGCCCUGU